CUUACAACAACUUGCUCCGCACAUAUCUCGUUUCAACUAAAAUAAUUUAAUCGGCCCAAUUUGGCCACCCACUCUCACUCUUCUUCUCACGCAACUUCCUCUCCUCUCAAGAUUCUUCUCCACACUUCACCUUAUUCUAUAUAUCUUUCUCUGCUCUUUUACUUAGCUUUUUAACAAUUCUUGUAACAAUGGCCCUUGAAGCUCUGAAUUCACCAAGACUGGUCGAAGAGGCAACAAGAUUCCAUGGUUUUGAGCAAUGGACCAGAGGCAAGAAACGAUCAAAACGUUCUAGAUCUGGUCAUCACGACCACGGUCUCACUGAAGAAGAGUAUCUAGCUUUCUGUCUCAUGCUUCUUGCUAGCGACCGCGGCGAUCUUGAUGCUGUAACGGCCGCCAAGAAGCCUGGUUAUAAGUGUGGCGUAUGUGACAAGACGUUUUCGUCUUACCAAGCUCUCGGCGGUCACAAGGCGAGCCACCGGAGUUUAAACGGAGGUGGAGACAAAGAUAAGUCGAUGGCAGUUUCCGCCGCCGUCAAAUCUCACGUUUGUUCGAUCUGUUUGAAAUCUUUCGCCACCGGUCAAGCUCUUGGCGGCCACAAGCGGUGCCAUUACGAAGGGAAUGGAAACGGAGGCGUUUCGAAUUCGGAAGGUGUGGGAUCUACUAGCCACGUCAGCAGUAAUAGCCACCGUGGGUUUGACCUUAAUAUUAGGCAGGUACGGGAAAUUUCGCCGGACGACGAAGUGAUGAGUCCGAUGGCGGCGAAGAAGCCUUGCCUGAAGUGAAGUUUGGUGAAGUUUACUAUAAACUGUAAAUACCAAAUUUUCAAUUUCAAAGAAUCCAAUUUUGCAAACAAAAUAUUCAAUUUUUUUUUGAUGUUUACGUUUUCUACAAGUUACAACUGAUAAAAUAUUAUUUAUAAACUCAGACAAAUUCCCAUAAAUUAUGUUGAUAUUUCUACAUAUAUAUAAAACAAUUUUGUUGAGUUA